AUGUGUUUCUUCAUAAAAAAUCUUUAUCAUGAAAUCGUCGAAUUACAUAAAACUAAAAAACAAAUAUCAAAAUUGAAGCUCUACCGUGGACAAAUUAUCUUAAAUGAAUAUUGUCAAGAAAUUCAAAAUAAUUUAGGUGGUUUACUAUCACUUACUUCUUUCAUCUCAACCAGCGAAAGGAAAGAUGUUGCUUCGACAUUUACUAGAUGGAUAUCUAAUAGAGAGAAAAGCGUAUUAUUUGAAAUAACCAUUGAUCCAACAUCUCAUUCAAGUGUUCCAUAUGCAAAUAUCGUCGAUUUUAGUAAUUUUGGACUUGCUGAAAAAGAAUAUUUAUUUUCAAUGAGUUCAGUUUUUCGUAUAGGAAACAUUAAUGCUGACGACAAUAGUAUUUAUCAUGUUCAUUUAUCAUUAACAUCUGGAAACGAUGAACAACUUACAGAUCUUACCAAAUACAUGCGAAAACACUAUAUGAGUAGUCCAUCUCGUCUAUGCGACAUCGCAAAUAAUCACAAUAAGGAAUCUAAUCCAAAUCAAGAAACAAUUGCUUUAGUUGAAAACAAUAUUGGUAUGGUUUAUUUUGAACAAAAUAAAUAUUCACAGACAUUUAAACAUUAUGUGAAAUCACUGAAAAUUCGUCUGAGAAACCUAAUUCAUAUUCAUCCAGAUAUUGCUCAAUCUCUUAAUAAUAUUGGUAUGAUUUAUGCUCAACAAGAAAAGUAUGAAUAUGCUUUAUUUUUAUAUAUACUUGCAUUAGAAAUUAAGAAAAAAAACAAUGUAUCCUGA